AUGACUUCCCUAGAUUUUGCAUUCCCCCCGCGGCUCGACCACAGCUUUCCCGCAUCUCCUCGACAGAUGCCGGCCAUCACGAUAGAACGAGGCGACUCAGGCACCACUUCACAGUCCUCCGAGUCGUCUGAGGCCUCUGCUGCAUCCACCACCUCGACCAUGGCAUCCUCGCUAGGCGCAGACGUGUCUUCGCGCACCGCAUCGCCCCGCAAACACGCCCAUCGUCGAUCAGCAGCCGUGUCCUGUGACUUCGACGCCCAGGUGCUUUUCAACAAGCAUGAUUACUUACCCCCCAACCCGCAUAAGCAGAACAUUAGCACCAGCACCACCACUCUGGCGCCUCCUCAGCCCGUCUCUAUUCCUGCGGCUUCACAGUCGCCUAAACGAGACGUGGCAUUUAUUGAUCCUCCCCGAGUGCUCGGUUCUCCCCCCCGAAUGGCGUCUCCUUCUGUGUCGGAACAGUCGUCUUCGUCACAGCUGUCGACGUCGCAGAUUUCGUCGCGAUCCGCCUCGCCGUCGAAAUCUUCGUCACCCAAAAAGAACCGACACAAAAAGGUGCGAUCCUGGGCCGGCUCGCUCAUCAAGUUCCGGUCCUCAUCGUCCCUCAGAAAGGGAAAGAGCCCCAUGAACAAUACCCCAGGCAACGGCAACGGCAACGGCAACAACACCAACAGUAUGACGGAUGAAAACACGACUCUUUCUUCACCCACCCUGUCGUCCCCCACACUGCACUCGUCGUCGUACAUUGCCACCAACGACCCUUUCUACUGCCCCGGUGCUGGCUCACCGGAGGUGUCCCCCUCUCCCUCUUCCAAGGAGUUUGAGACCAUCGAUCUCGAUGCCGCCCUCUACCCCCUAACGCUGCCUCCUUCUACUACAAGCCGGUUCCACCGUCGGUCCGAGUCCGCCCCGGAGGCCAUGCUGGACCCCACCCGUGGCAUGAAGCGCAAGAUCCGAGCCCUGGUUGGCGAGGACCUGUUGUCGCUCAAUGGGUCGUCCGCUGAUGAUGCAAUUAUCGAGGAAGAGGAGCCCUCUAGCGCUGAGGCUCUGGGUGAGCCUUCUGAGCUCUCUGAGCCCGUCCUCACCCCCGCAUCAUCCACGUGUUCGCAGCUGGUUUCUGCGAAUGCCUCCGCCUCUUCUCUGGUGUCUGUCUCGUCGUCCUCUACCCGAUCACGCUCUCGAACCCGGUUCCAUAGAUCCUACAACAAUGAUCUGGCCCAGGCUAUGAAGGACCGCAAGGAGCGAGACGAGCGGGACAAGCGAGAGAAGCAGGAGGCUGAGCUCCAGGCCCAGACUCCCGGAAAAUCAUUUGAGUCUACGUUUGCUGCUACUACCCCAGCCGGCUCGGGUUCUAUGCACGCGACUCCCACUGCUCCUACUGGUGCCUGUUCCUCUCUGCAGUCUCCUCUUCGAACCGUCCGAAAGAUGGAUGCUCCCCGACUUCUCGGCUCUCCUUCUCGUAUGGUGUCUCAGGACUUGCCCCGGUAUACCUACGAGGAGGAGCCGCGGUUCUCUACACAUUACUCAUUCACAUCCGAGUGGAACGAUGAUUUCGGAGAGCCCGGCCCCGUGGAGCAUGCGGACGUGAGUGCUGUGAGCAGCCGGACGUCCGAUAUCAGUGAGGUGCAUUCGGACCGAAACAGCGUGUCUCGAUACCAAUCCCACCAUCAACAGCACGGUCACCACCAGCACAGCCACCACCAGCACAGCCCUUCGUCCCACAAAAAUGUCGCCGCGCGAAUGUGGGGCUGGGUCAAGAGAAAGUAA